UAUAUUCUACGGACAUUGUUGAAGGGUAUACUCCCCGUCACCCCCACCGUGGUCCUUCCCCACGGAAUGUGUCAGUCGGCAGCAUUCUGCCACCACGGACAUCUCGAUGUGCUGGCAGACCAAAGAGCGUCUUUUACCGAGUUGAUGAACUGCCAGCAGCGGAUGCUGGUCUCCGUGCGCGUCCUGGGAACAGCCCGUAGAGCAGAGAGUCCUCUGUCACGCAGCUGCCGGGGACGAAGCCUUUCAUCCUCCUCCACCCCUUCUCCGCAAACCCACAGUGUGCAAAGAGGUGGUUACUGAUGCAGUCCUCCCGUGGGCAGCGGGGUGUGGAGACCAUGUUCUGAGCGUACAGGAGGGCCCCUCUCACCGCCAGUCAGGCUAGGUCUGGGUGCCUGGUGAUGAAGCCUCGGUUUAGUGCGGUUCACUGAAAGGAAGUGUGUGGCUUGUCAAUCGUCGGGCUACAACACCGUUCAAAGGCUCCGGCCACUUCCUUCACUCUUUCAUUCAGAUUUAAGUUUCCACCGUUGGCCUUCAGCUUUGAACGAGGCUGACUGUUUACUCUUUUCUAUAGAUGCCGCCUGGCCUGCGGAGUUCCUCCAGCAUUUUCGGAGUCUUCCUUUUGACGAGGCUUCCAUAGCGACUAGGCCAAUUGUCAUGGAAACAGGUCGCAACUGGCCAGCUGGCCUCGCGCAUGCGCGGGAAUAGGGCGUGACGCGCGUUGUUUCCGGUCGACCGUAGCCGGUGUGCAGGAUGUGGCGGGCUGCUGGCGGGGUCGUGGUUUUGGCCGUGUCUGUGCACUACCUCUGCUCAUUCCUUCAGCUGGAGGUCCCGGAGACCGUGACACGAUUUCUGUCCGAGAAUGUGCGUGGUAUGUCGGGGGAACAGACGGCAGAGGAGCUUCUGGCCGAGGCCUGGAACGCGAUGAUCGUACCGCCGACUGUGGGCUGGACCAAGGUGGCUGUGGGGGUGAAUGCCUGUGUGGAUGUGGUGGUGUGCGGCGUUGGCCUUUUAACAGCUCUGGGCUUGAACCCUGGUAAUCGAGUGGAUCAUGACAUACUGCAGUCGACAGAAGAUCUAAGGGAAACUUUCUCUUAUUUCAUGGAGAAAGGAGUGGCAGCCGAACGAUUCUUCGCUGAGAAGGAACGCUUUCAGAACAUUGCUCUGGCUGCAUCCAAGUACCCAGGAGCUAAGCACUUUGUGGGUGGAAAUGCUGCUCUCAUUGGUCAGAAGCUAGGGUCGAAUGGGAACCUUUCGGUGCUUCUGUGUGGGCCUGUGGGUCCCAAGCUUCAGGAACUCUUGGAUGAUCGGAUUAUUGUUCCCCCAGAAUCUUUGCAGGAAAUGGAUGAGUUUCAUCUCAUUCUGGAAUAUCAGACUGGACAAAACUGGGGGGAAAUUGAGGCACCUCAUGCCAAUCGCUUCAUCUUCUCCCACGAUAUAUUGAAUGGAGAAAUGAAAAUGUUGGAGACCCUUCUAUCAAGUCUGGAGGAAUUUAAACCUGAGCUUGUUGUUCUUUCGGGUUUACACAUGAUGGAGGGACGGGAAAAAAAAGAACGAGAUAAGAGACUAGAGGAGGUGAGCCUGUUAAUCUCUCAGAUCCCCAAUGAAAUCUCAGUGCACCUGGAGCUUGCCAGCAUGACGGACACUGCGUACAUGAACACAAUUGUGGAACAGCAGGUUCUCACUCUUGUGAACUCAAUUGGCCUAAAUGAGCAGGAACUCUUGUUCAUCAGUCGUGCUGGUUCAGGGCCUCACAGCUCACAACAGUAUUGGAGUGGAACUCCCGAUGUUGCAAUGGUCAGCGAUAUCAUCUUCUGGCUCCUCAAAGAGUACGGGCGCACAGACUCAACCAGGGAUUCAGAUUUAACUCGCAUUCAUUUUCACACGCUCUCUUACCACGUGAUAGCAAUCAUUGACGGUUACUGGAACAAUCAAGUUGCAUCUGUUGCAGCUGGUGCGCGAAUUGCUGGGAGUCAAGCAUGUGGUACCGACGCCAUUGACCCCACAAAAGUUGUUCUCAAAUCCCCCAUGCAAUUUGUUCUGUCAAACAUCGACAAAUCACUGAAGACCAAGAAAAUGACAUUGAGUCCAACCAAUCCAGUGGGCAUAUGGCACAGAGAAAACAUUACAUUCUUCAUUACCCCUGUGCUGGUUUGCAUUGACCCAAUCAGGACUGUAGGAUUGGGAGACAGCAUCUCUGCGGAAGGCUUGUUGUAUUCCGAGCGGCAGUGAUGUGACUCAGUGUUCAACAAGACAGAGUCAAACCUGACUGUAAUAAUGGCAAAUUUUCUAUGUAGUGUAGGAAUGGCUCUUUGAGUGUGGGGUGUGUGUCAUGGCUUAGAGCAGGGAGAAGGGACAGCAGGUACGGGUGUGAGGUGCUUCUUUUUUAUCUUAGCUAUAGUGUAAGAAAGCCAACAAGUAAGUGAAUGUAGUUUUCAUUUGUAGAUUUGCUGUAUUCUAUGGACAUCUCAAAUCUUUUCAUUUUCUUUUAUAUAGAUAUAUCUUUUCAAACUUUUCUACAUUUCCUAUUUUUGAUGAAAUCUUUGGAAAUGUAGUUAAGUGGUUUGGGAUACAAUGAGUUUGUGGUGUAGUUAUAUAGUUAUUUGUGAGAUGCAAUGUAUUGGAUGGGUCUUCCACGUGGAUUUUCAUCCAUGGAUAAUCUUUUACUGGCAGACUUUCACAUGCAGAAUGAAUGUGGUUUCAGUGCCACUUCUAGUCUGGCUGAGUUAACAUAACAGUGCUUAGACCAUAAGACAUAGGAGCAGAAUUAGGCUAUUCAGCCCAUUGUAUCUAUCAUGGCUUGCCUUAAUUCAACUCUAAUUGCAAACUGCAGGAUGUGGGGACUGGCAAACAGGAUGCUUUUCUGAGUUGCAGGCAUUGCUUCCCAAAGCCGGGUGAACAACAGGCCAAGCAGUAGUCUUACUACUUGGCUUUAAAGAAGGCUUUGCUUCAUUUCCACUGUUAGACAUUGCUUCCUCCCUUCUUUCAGGAAAUACUGAAAUUUGAAAGGUUAGUGAUUGGAAAUGUACUACAUUUACCUGGUGAAGAACACCUUAUUGCUCCCUGCUAUCAGCUGUGUCCUUUCUCUUACCACCCCUAAUGCUGAACGAUUGCAGUUUAAUGCCUUCGUUCAGUCAGGAAAGCUUUAUAACUUCCAGUCAGAAUGGAUUUCUGUAUUUGAAAGCUGCUACAUUAAACCACCAAUUCAGAGUGAAAGCCAGGCUUUGAAACAACAUUUUCCCAGAAAUCUAUACUUUAGGAGGAGUGGAUGAACAAAGUGCUGGGUGGGGAUGUGGGAGUUGCUAAUUUUCAGCCUUUUUAUCGAGAAAGGAGUAAUGAACUGUUAGUGAUCAUGAUUCUGAUUUAGCCUGUCUGGCAUCUCCGUUUAAGGAAUGGAAAUGUAGCUAUGGCAAGUAAAACUCCCCUGUGGUAGUUAGAUGGGGGCAUUGAUUUGGUCAAUGACUGGGAGGGUUGGAGAGAACCCUGCAUGCAUUUGGAGGGUGGGUGUGGAGGGGCUUCUGCAAAAUGUAUGUUCCUGGAAGGCUGGACCAGAGUUGCGAAGCUCCCCAAUUGAAUAGCUUGUGCUGACUGUUGAAGUUACCGCAUAGAGAGUGGGUAAGUGCAGAAGUGAGGUGGUGGGAGGCACAUACAAUAUAGGGCUACUUGUGCUGUUCAUUCUACAUCUUGACAUCCAAUGUAGAGGAAGUAAAUUUAAAAGAACAUUUAAAACUGAGUCUGAAAGUUAUGUGUGUCCCCACUAUUCUCACCAGGUUACGAGCUGCCUGACUGAGGGCAAAGUCUGAGUCAGGCAGCUGACUGAGAUCACUUCUAUCUUUGCUCUGAUUAGCUUUCUCUCAGAUGUCAUUGAACCAAAGGCUGUGACGUACUGUGACAUAAAUUCAGCUACAAAUUUAGCAGACAAUCAGCUAUGUUUACACUGGAGGGUGAACUUGGCUAUUUAAUGCUUUUUGUAUUGAGGAACGUUUGUUUUUUUUUCUGUUUCCUUUUCCAUUCCAACAACACCGUGGCUGUGCUUAUGCUAUUAGAUAUUCCACUUGAAAGGGGAUUUUUUUGCCGAAAUGCAUUCAGUAGAUGUGAUGUCAACCUUGCUUUUUAGGUCUGUGACUUUUCACAGGUCAUUAAUACUAAUGAAGGUUGUUCCUGAAAGUAUGCUUCAUAGAACCAGUGCAAGAUGAAAGAUCUCAAAAUGUAUCCUCUAAGUUAUAAAUGCAACAAGCUUGAACGUUUAUCAAUUGUUUUCAAUUAUCAUCUGCCUUAGAGGCCUCUGCUCAGUAGGAGGCAGUGUAGUGCCAUACAAUGUCGACUAUUCACACAAAAGCCAAUGUGAAAAUGGGGUUUGUGUAAUUGAUUGUUUUUCUGUUACAGCGAAGUGUCCACUAGCUGGUUGUAUGUACUGUAUAUGGAAUGUUACCCGUAAUACAAAAUUAUGUGGAAUUUGUUUAUGAUCAAAACAGCAGAGUUGGCAUGUUAUUUUGCAAAGACAAGACAAACUGAUCCAAAGCAUUUUGAUUUACACAUUUGGUGUGCUCCUGGGGUUGUCUUUGACUGUGAAUUUGCUGCCAAAGGCAACUCUGCACGAUCAACAGCAAGAUAUUAACAGGAAUUCAGCAUUUGCAUUGCACUGGGACUGUGAUCUGUCUCCAUGCUCCCUCUAGUGACUUUGUGUCCGACCACAAUGGACCCAGUGAAGACAAGAGAUAAGAAAUGGAUCAUUGAAAAGCUGGGAUUCUGCUUAGUGUCAAUUUGCAUUGCAAUUUGAUUUCAAGGAUCAAUAUUUUUCUUGGCAAUGGGAACGUUAGUAUGACAUGUAUGUUUUAAAUUGUGGAAGAUUUUUGCAAGCAGCGUUUGGCAUGGUUUAAAUUGAUUCAAGCUUUAUUAACACUGGUUGCUCUGCUUUUUCUGUGAAGCCUAGAGAUACCUCAUGGGCAGAUUGUUGGAAGAAUAUAUGCUUUGUUUUCUCUUAUGUAAAUUGUCAAUGUCCAACAAAAUUGAGGGUUUUUUGUUAAAUUUCAGUGGUUAAGUACUGUAUCAAUCCAGUGACCAUUUACUUUUGUAAAAGCAAAGUAUUAUAAUAAAUGCUGUUUUCUA